AGUGGAAGGUGGAAUAUAGGACCCUUAAAGGUCUCUUCCAACCCAGACUAUUUUAUGAUACAAAUGUGGCUGCCUCUCGUUUCUUUGGGGGUUAUUUUGGCUAUUAGACUGUUACAUAAAACAGAUAUCCCUGUUGCUAUUCCUGAAUGAUGGUGAUUGGAGGUGCUAUAUUUAUUGCUGAACACACCAGUUUCCUAUCUGGGUCUAGAUAACACUGGGAGCAAGAAGUAUUUAGCACGGUAGUAUCUCAUAACGAGUUUUAGCUGCCAUUAUUGCAAAAUGCUUUAAAAAAAUCCUGGCACAAAACUUGCUUUUCAGCCUUUUCCAGGUCCUUUGAGCUCAGAGCAGUUUGUGCAAUUCAUUGAAGUUCCUCCUGUGUGAGACUUGGCUCCUUGGGUAACAGGAGUGGGAAUACUUCCUUACUUCAGGAUUCACCUUUUUGCCUUUGAGGGAUGUGAAUCACAGGUGAAUUUCUGUGUAGUGAUUGUUAAAAGUCCACUGUCCACCUUUGAUCUCCUCAGCCUGCUUGCUAGGCACUGUGGGUUUUCUCAUGCUCAGCAGAACUUUUGUGUGCUUAACCUCCAGCAAGUAAGAAGUUCCCGAGGUGCCUAGCAGAGCAGUUAGGCACACUCUCCAAAAAACAAUCCAGUGUUUAGUAUGAAAAGCUAAGGCCAACACUUCCUCUCUCUCUCAGCCACGAGGAAAUUCCUGUGGACUUCUAUGGCAGUAGGAUGUGCCCUCUCCUCACUGCCAACUCCCUGUCUGGUGGAGGUUUUCUCAGGAAGGGCCAUCUGCUGCAUGUAAUGAAAUCGUCCCUCUUAAAAGUCAACCUGUUGAGGGAUCAGGCUCCGUACCCUGAGGUCACAGCAGCAGAACACCCCCGAAGCCGGCGGCUGCUUCCCAGCUCCCAGCAACAUGCACGAAGGCAGCCUCCUUUGUCCUGCAGCACCAGGUCCCAGCCCAGGCCCAGCCUGCUGCUAGAAUGCCCAGGAAGGGCCCUGCGGGUGCACAGAGCAAGGUCUGCACUUUAUUGACAGCUAGAAUGACGUGUGUUGAACUGCAACCGGAUACAAAGAACAAAACUUCCCCAGAAUUUGUUGUUGUCCUAAAUGAGCGCAUGGGAGACCUCAGGGUAAAAUGAGCAAGAUGGGAAACAUUUUACAAAACACAGGAGUUCACCCUGUGAGGGUGAACCAUGCUGAUUUCACGAGGUCCUGACUCUCCUAAAAUCAUCCGUUUACUGCUCGAGGAGCUCUGCAAAGCAGAAGUCUUGUCCCCAUUUGAGAAAUCCCGCAGACACGUGCCUAACACAGAAGACAACAUGGAUGUAAAAAAUCUGAUUCAAUCCCAGGGAAAUAUUGCCUGCCUAAGGCAUUUGUCAGAGAAUGGUGAUGACCUGCUUCACUGGAACGGUCUGGUGGCUGUCACUGCUGGAGGAGCAGAGGAAUACUGCAGCACACAGCUGCCUUCCCACCCUACAGAUGUAACCACUUGUCACACAGACAACUGUUGCCUUGACACGGAACACCCUGGAUCUGGUCAGUCUCUGGCAGGUGUCCAGGUGUGUAAAAAGACUGGGUUGGACAGUCCUCUAACCAUGAAUUCCCUGCUAAGUGAGCAGGCAGAUACUUCCAUAGGAAAUCCCACUUAUUUUGACAAAGAUGAUUCUGCAAAUCCUACCACUGUUCUGGAGAUUUAUACAGAGAAAACUCCAAGUGUAAGUGAUGACUUUUCUGAUGAUGACCUGGAGUACUUUGAAUGUUCAGAUGUGCUGACAGCGCGUGAAGAUGAAAUCUGGAAAAAGAAAUUACAAUUUUUAUUAGAAAGCGAUGAUGAAGAUGAUCUAAAACUGGGUAAGGAUUGUGAUGGGUGUGCUUACUUCCUCAGUGAAAUGCCUUGUGUGUUCCAAGUGUCAGAUAACACUACGCCUAUGGAUACCCCCAUUGGCUUCUGUGGGCAUCACUCAAAAUUCAAAGGAGUAAAUGUAAGGAGAGACCCCUCUAUGUACAGCCAGUCAACUCUGCAGACAGAGAUGACUCUCACUGUUGGACACCACCGAGACAAAAGUACCAGUCUGAAAGACAAGGACAAGAGUGAAGUGCCUGUUGCAUCUGCAGCCGCUGGAAAUGAACCCCUCAGCAGUGAAGAAGAGGCUAAUGGAAGUGGUCACCUGGCUGCAGGUUCCUCAGCUGAGAAAGCAAAGCACACGGAUCCUGCACCUGCCGGGGCAGACCCCUCUGCCAGUGGCACGGGAGCUGCUGGGACACAUCAGGCUCCAGGGACAAUGACGGAGCCCGGCCCCGAGCGGGUCGUGCUGGGGGAAAGCUCCCUGCUGCUGCAGCAGGGGGGCAGGGACGUGCCCAAGGAGAACGCCCAGCACACUGUCUGCACCUUAACAGAAAGUCUGAGAAGAAACCUUUUCAAGUUGUUAAACCCUAUAGAGCUUUGCAGAUAUGUGAGUACUAUAGGACAGUCUUUCCAGGCUGCAGCAGAGGGCAGGGAAUCCAGCGCUGCGUCUCCCAGGCAGGAAGGUGUGCUCUCAACACAGACUCCCAGGGAGACAGAAAGCCUGCAAGUGCAGGCUGGUCUGUGUCAGACAGAAGAGGCAGAUAAAGACUGUCACUGGGAAAGGAGAAGGACUCGGGGCCUGUCUGAGCAAAAUCAGAUGCCAGAUGAGAACAUCUCACUCGGGAAUCAAGGUGCUAAUCUUAAAAGUGUUACCCAGAAUUGUGAGAACCUCUGUAUGGAGCCCAAAACAGAAGGCAUCCUCAGGGCCUGUGAGAGUGUGGGAACCAGCCAGCCAGCUGCAGAAAUGCUCUCUACUGAGAACACACUGCAAGCAAAGAAUGCAGAUUUACAGACUUCUUCUCUACACUGUGCUCCUUGGGAUAAGAGGGAAGGUCGUCACCAAGAACUCUUCUCUGGACAAGAAAUUAUUAGUGAUGGCAACAGAUCAAAGAAUGACAUUUCAGCUUUUCCUUUAUGGGGUACAGACUCUAUUCCUGAUAAACAGGAACGCUUGUGUGCUGUUCUCUCUUCUGCAAAGCUGUGUGAUGAGCCAAGAGAGGGAGAGCAAAGGUCUGGGUUUGACAUACAUGGUAGCAGUGACCCAGAUAUUCACUGUGGCCUAUCAGGUGAUGAGCUUGCGUUCGAAGCUAAUCCCAAGUCAGUCCUGGAAUCUGGAGAACCUGGGUGCAAAGGAGAUGCUGAUAUAUCUGCAGUGCAUGACAAGCUGUGGAAACUUCUUCAUGGAGAUGACUCAGACUGUCAAAUCCCGUUUGCAGACAGGGGGAUCACAAGCUUGGAAAUGAGGCCGACAGAUGUCAAAGUUAGGGAACUGAACUUUGUGCAGGAGAGCUGUUCCGGUGAUCCUUUGCCAAUGGAUCUGAUGGAAGAGCAGGAACCCCUCACAGAACCAGCCAGUCACCUCAGCACUGGGAAAGCUGACUGCAGUGUUUCUGAUGCCCUCCUUCUGAGAGCUGGAGUGUGUAAGGGAGCAUCCAGAGGAAACAUUUGUCUGGCACAGGUGGUGGGAACAGAGGGUGCAUGUGUAGAUCCUGGUGCUGGAAAUGGGAUGGAGACACCAUCCAUUUGUACCUCAGCAAACAGCAUCCUCUUGAGCCCAGGGGAGUGCUGGAAGCCAAGGCCAACAGACAGGAGUGGAUCCACUGUGGCUUGGGAAGGAAAGCUCACUGUUAAUAAUGCUUCCCAAAUAUGUGAAGCACAUUCUCCCCAAAGGUUACAGAGUGCUCAGAGUGGUAAUUUAGCACAUCCCAAAGCAAACCCAGCUGAUGUGUCAGAUACAUUGUAUGGGACAGCUGGACAGUUACUUCAUGCUGAACACAACAUACCCUGGAUAAAUGAGUCUGUACCUGGAGAAGGCUGUCAUUUUAGGGACUGUUAUCCAGCAAGAGGAGGACUGGCUUAUUUCCCUGAAGACAUUUUCCCCAGUGAAAAUACCUGUCAGCUUACACAUGCAGAACACUCUUCUGUUAACACCAUACAUAAAAGUUAUGAAGUGAAUUUACAAGAAGGAGGAAAUCACUCAGACUUGAAUGCACAAAAUGACACUAAUUCUGAUGGUUGCCAUCUUUCAAAAAUUAAUGGCUGUCAGGAUUUUCAGGUUGUUUCUAAUGCACAGAAAUACCGUUCUGUAAUGCAAUUGCCUCCUUUAAUUAAGACUCCUGAAACCAUAACACAUAAGAAUCUACCCCAAAAUACAGACCAACUGGCAGAAAUAGCAAAACAAGAAGGGGCAUUCACUCCCUCUUCCAAGGAUCUGCUUUUAAGCGAUUUUUAUCUAGAAGUGCCCAGCUGUGAACCAGGUAAACCAGGAGGAGAACAGAGAGAGAUUUACACAGCUGAUGAACACAGGGCUGAAACUUCCUGUGAGUCAGGAGUUAGUCAGGUUUCAGGGAGUCAGACUGCAGUGUCCCCUCAUUAUACAGCAGAACAACACCUAUUUUUUGUUGACAGCACCUUCGAACCUGAUGAAGAGUUAAAAAUAGAUUCUUCAGAAUAUCCCACCUGUGCCUCCCAAAGUGUAACGUCAGCCAGUCCCCUGCUGCCCAGGAAGGCUCCAGGUGAGCACCACAGCACAGCAGAAAAGGAUCAAAGUAUGGGGCAUCAGUCAGAUUCCCAGCCACUGACUGGGAGAGAAACACUGCUGUUCCUCACACCUGCCAGCCACUCAGAGGGCCUUCUUCCCAGUUCAGCAGCAGUGGCGUGUCCUGGCACUGGAACUCAGGUAAAAACUGGAUCCACACCCACUGGAGUCAAAGGAAACAGAAACUUGAGUGUGCUGGAAACUUACUGCAAAGCAUCACAGGAUCUGCUCCAGAGGGUACCUGGAGAGACCGAGGGGGAAGCAACCUUGUGUGAAAAUGCACACGAGAGUCCAAGAGCUGUUGAAUGUAACUCAGAUGGAGCUGAAACAAAGGCUCCUUUGCACACUUUAAUUAGCUCCCAGGCUCAGAGACAGAUUAUGAAUACUAGCACAGAGCAGUCCUGCCCUGACUUGAUCCCCUCCAGCAAGGUAACUGAUUAUUCAAUUAAGUCCACUGAACACGAUAAGGAGGAAGUCAGGACAGCAGAGAGUGUAGUAAGUGGUUUAGUUAAUUUGCCACCAGUAGGUUCAGGGAGCAACCAGUGUUUUCGAGAGCAAACCCCCUGCAGCAGAGCUCAGCCAUUCUCCUUGGCAUUGGCCACGUGUGAUCCAUUCCCAGUCAACGCAGAAAGGCAAAGAAAUCAGGAAGGGUCCAAAUCCUGCCAGGCACCACCAGCUGCUGCAGAGCCUGAGCCCAUCAAAUGUAAACAGGACACAGCAAAGGGUGGGCAUUUAGCUGCUGGAGCUAAGAAGAAAUUACCAUCAGCAACUGUGUCCAAAAAGCCCCGACUGGAGGAGAAGGGAAGUGUCAGCAAGGAUCCCAGCUCCGUUAAAAAGUCUGGGAAGAGCGAGGCAGGCGUGACUCGGAAAGAAGAUAGAAAAGAGCAAAGGAAACUCAUUUUGAAAAAGGAUAGCAAAGCUCCCAGGCUGCUGAAGAAGAUCCAAGCAGAGCUGUUCCCUGAAUGCUCUGGAACUGUGAAGCUGUGCUGUCAGUUUGGUGACAUUCAUGGUGACUCCACCAUUACAUGGACUAAAGAUUCCAAGAUACUGGCUCGGCUGCAGAGAAGUGCUCAGGAUGACUCUCCUGUCUCUCUGGAAAUAGCUAAGGCCAGUAACCAAGACCAGGGGAUGUAUUAUUGCUGCCUGAGUAACACGUUUGGAAAGGUGACUGCUGAGUUUCAUCUGACUGCUGCAGUGUUGGAGCGUCUCUCCAGUUUUCAGAGUUAUGAAGGCGUGGAAGAAAUCGAGUUCAUGCAGCUGCUGUUCCGGGGAGAUUCCAUCAGCGACAGCUACUUCGGCGGGAACCUGCGCGGGGUGAUCGCCACGGAGGAGCUGCACUUCGGGGAGGGGAUGCACCGGCGGGCGUUCCGCAGCCGCGUCAGGCAGGGGCUGGCGCCCGUGUUCGCGCCCGGCCACCCCUGCGUGCUCAAGGUGCACAGCGCCCUCAGCCACGGCGCCGGCAGCAGGGAGGAGCUCGUGCAGAAGAACUACAACCUGGCCCUGCAGGAGUGCUGUGUCCAAAAUGCUGCAAGAGAGUAUGCCAAGUUGUAUGCAGCUGAAGCUGAAACGUUGGCAGGCUUUGGGGAGGUACCAGAGAUCAUUCCGAUUUUUCUUAUUCAUCGCCCUGCUAAUAACAUCCCCUAUGCCACAGUGGAGGAGGAGCUCGUUGGGGAGUUUGUGAAAUACUCUGUCAAGGAUGGCAAGGAAGUGAACUUCCUGAGAAGGGACUCUGAGGCUGGCCAGAAGUGUUGCACCUUCCAGCACUGGGUGUAUGAGAAGACCAGUGGGAACUUGCUUGUCACUGACCUGCAAGGUGUGGGGAUGAAGUUAACGGACGUUGGCAUAGCAACCCUGGCCAAAGGAUACAAAGGGUUUAAAGGCAACUGCUCGUUUUCCUUCAUUGAGCAGUUCAGAGCCCUGCACCAGUGCAAUGAGUACUGUGAGAUGCUGGGGCUGAAAUCCCUCCGAACCACUCAUCAAAAACAGAGGAAAGCAACGUCCACGAAAAGCAAAAACCUGCCCAGCUCAUCGACUGUAAAGAAAAUGGUGCCCAAGAAGGCCAGAGAACACAGAGACUUCAUUUCUUCAGAGCACUGAGUCACAGUGUCCCACCUGGUGAGACUGCUCUCGAGGACAUGGAGCGCUGACAGGCACCAGUGGCCUCAGGGGGUAACUCUGGUCUUUUGCCUUUUGACAUUGUUUUGGAGUCAUCCUGAUGCUGAUGUCAGGAACAAAGGAAGGAGCUGAUUCUGUGCUCUUGGUUCCUGAGGUUUAACACUGGGGCAAGAUUUUGAAGACAAACUAAGCCAUCUCUGGGUUAUUUUACAGCCGUUCUGUGGAUUGGUAUCUCCACAUUCUGAGUGCAGCACAGCUCACUGAAGAACAUCUUCCCUUCUCUGUGUCUGUACCCAUGGCCCUGUGGGUUCAACUGCUAGGGAAGCAUCAAUAUAUUUAAGAUGCCACUUAGUACAAGUUUUGCACAGUAUUAUUGCUCAGGCUGCUAUAGAAAAAUUGUCUUCUUUCCCAGAUUUUUGCAUAUUAUAAUCCUACUAUGAUUCUACUCUUGUCAUUUUUUUCUCCCACUUACAUGUCUUGUAUUAAAAAACAAAGCCAUUCA